AUGACCUCUCAAAGAGUGAGUGUGUUGCUGUCACUCGAUGCUGAAGCAGUUGGCUCACUCAAAGAGGGAGUCAAUUUCAAGAAAAACCCAGAGGACGGUAAAUGUUACAUCAUAUACAAGAGCAACAAAAACCUGAAGGCAUGCAAGAACCAAUGCAAACACCAAGGAGGGUUGUUCAUCAAAGACAUCGAAGACCUGGAUGGCAGAACUGUGAAAUGCACAAAGCACAACUGGAGGUUAAAUGUGUCAACAAUGAAAUAUGUGAACCCACCAGACAGCUUCUUGCAGGAUGAGCUCGAAGUGGAGAUUUUGGAUGAUGGGGGGCUUCAGCUGGUGGAGUUGAGCCCCGUAGACCCCUGGCUGGCCGAUCCUCGAGAGCCUCUGGAGCUCCAGGAAGGAGAAGUCAAAGUGACAUACUUGACGCAUGCCUGUAUGGAGCUGCAGCUGGGACAGAAGCGGUUCAUGUUCGACCCGUGGUUAAAGGGUCCUGCAUUUGCCAGAGGCUGGUGGCUUCUCCAUGAGCCUCCAGCAGAUUCUCUGGACAGAAUGUGUGCAGCAGAUCUCAUCUACAUCAGCCAUAUGCACUCUGAUCACCUCAGUUAUCCCACACUGAAAGUCUUGUCAGAGAGGAGGCCAGAUGUCCCCAUUUAUGUUGGUGAUACUUCCAGACCUGUCUUUUGGUAUUUGGAGCAAAGCCAGGUCAAGCUGACCAACAUCAACGUUGUUCCUUUUGGUGUCUGGCAAAAUGUUGACAACGACCUGAGAUUCAUGAUCCUGAUGGAUGGUGUGCAUCCUGAAAUGGACACCUGCACCAUUGUUGAAUAUAAAGGUCACAUGAUCCUGAACACUGUGGACUGCACCAGGCCAAACGGGGGCAGACUACCACAGAAUGUGGACUUAAUGAUGAGUGACUUUGCUGGGGGUGCAUCUGGAUUCCCAAUGACCUUCUGUGGAGGGAAAUAUAGUGAUUCCUGGAAGGCACAGUUUAUCAAGACUGAAAGGAAGAAGCUGCUGAAUUACAAAGCUCUGCUGGUGAAGUCGCUGCAACCGAAGAUCUAUUGCCCGUUCGCUGGCUACUUUGUGGAGGCUCAUCCAUCAGACAGUUACUUAAGGGAUACAAAUGUUAAGAACAGUGCAGAGGACCUCAAUGCACUGAUCAAUAAGUCCACUCCAGAGAUCAAGACAUGGACGCCAAAGCCAGGCGAUGUGCUGGACCUCGGCCUGGCUCUGAGAGACCCCACUAACAGUGAGGCCAUCACCAGUCCUGCAGCCCAUACAAAAAUCUACAAAGACAGUUGGGAUUUCGACUUUUAUGUGGAUGAACUAAACAGCGCCAUCAGCUGUGAGAUCUUUAAACAUCAAAGCUGGAUCCAGUUUUAUUACAGCUGGGCAGGCUUCAAAAACUACAACCUUGUUGUGCGGGUGAUUGAGACAGAUGACGAGUUCAAACCCCAUACUGAUGGCUACGACUACUUGGUGGACUUCUUGGAUCUGUCAUUCCCCCCCGAGAGACCCGCCAGAGAACACUCCUAUGUAGAGAUUAAAAACAGGAUAGGGGUGAUGAGAUACCUGGUGCUGCACGGCCGUCUCUGGGAUGAUCUGUACAUCGGCUUCCAGAACCGCAUAAGCCGAGACCCGGAUAUCUACCACCACAGGUUCUGGAACCACUUCCAGACAGAGCUACCAGUUCGCAGACCAGACUGGGACCAGUUCCUGCAGCAGGAGACUUCCAUCCAGGAGCCUGAGGAACCCCAAGAGCAGCCAAGGAUAUGGAGCUACUGUGAAGUGUUGUGAAUAUGUGUUAUUGUUGUUUGAAGACCAAGUAACCGCAGUUCACACACUUAAAUAAUGUUGUAAAACCGUCAUGGAAAAAAAAUAUUAGACCACCC